AUGGACGCAACUUCAGCUUCUAGUUUUUCGAUUGCCUACACCGCAGAUCAUGGCUGGACACCGAGGUACACAUCCGUGGAUGACCUACGGCUCCAGGAACGCGGGAUCAAGCACGUGCGCGUGCAAUUCGUCGAUUACUCGAACACGGUGCGCUUCUGGGUGCUGCCCGUCUCGUACUUCAAGCGCGUAUGCAAGCUCGCGCGUCCGAGCAUGACUCUGUCGCCCGUCGCUCUCGCCUUCGUCGGCGUCCGGUUCGCCAGCGGCUUCAGCCGCAUGGGCGAGUGCCUGUUUGCGAUAGACCUGAACAGCUUCCGCGUAUGCACGUACGCACCCGGACACGCCGUCGUCUCGACGUGGUUACAGGAGAAGGUGCCCUCACCGACCGGUGCGCUCGCGAUCCCGCUGUGUCCGAGGACGAUGCUGCAGAAGGUCGUCGACGAGGCCAAGGAGAAGGCUGGCCUGACGUUCCUGGUCGGCUUCGAGUCCGAGUUCGUUUUGCUGAAGAACGCAUCGUCACCGCCCGAGCUGGUGAACAACGCAGGAUGGAGUUGUUCCGCGGGGCUUCGCACGGGUGCAGUCGAGAGCUCUGUGCUCGACGAGAUCGUCGAGUGCGUCGAGGAAGCCGGCAUCGAAGUACAUUACAUAGUCGGAGAGGCUGCCCCUGGACAGUAUGAACUAGUGACGGGUCCGAUGUCCCCUCUUGACGCAGCCGACGCUUUGGUGUUCACCCGAGAGACCAUCUACAACAUCGCGCAUAAGCACGGGCUCCGUGCGACCUUUGCUCCGCGCCUGCUGGCUGAUAGCAUCGGCAGUGGCGCGCAUAUGCAUUUGUCGCUGCACUCGACCGUCCCAUUUACAGGCCCGGACACCCGAUCAGACGCCGCGUUAGCACCCGAGCUCACACCCACCCAGCGCUCCUUCCUCCAGACACUCCGCGUCGAAGACGGCAUCUUCUCGGGCGGCACGUACGCAUGCUGGGGGUGGCACAACAAAGACGCUCCUGUGAGAAUCUGUGGGGACGGGCGGGCGAACCACUUCGAGGUGAAGACGAUAGACGGCACGUCGAACCCGUAUCUUGUCUCGGCCGGCAUCUUGGCGGCUGGAUUGGAGGGCGUGUUGAACGGGGCGGAGCUGAAGACGGGGAAUUGCGCUAAGCCCGCGGCGCGGAUGAGCGAAGAAGAGAGGAAGGCGGUGGGGUUGGAGAAUCCCCGUCGCUUUCCCCGGACAGUCAGCGACGCUCGGCGGAUGCUGGACGAGGAUCAGUAUCUGAAAGAGGCCCUAGGCGCCGAGUUCGUGGGCAUAUAUCUGGGAGUGAGCAAGUUGUUAGAAGAACAUAUGACACUGCCUACCGAGGAAGCGACAGUUACCCGUCUUGUCGAGACCUUCUAG